AUGAAAGUUUGCAUGUGGAACGUUCGAGGGGCGUGUAGGGAUUUGUUUAUGUCUCAUGCAAAAGAUGUCAUCAGCUCUCAUCAUCCUGACAUCUUCAUUCUGCUGGAAACCAAAUCUGAUGGAACUAGAGGUAGAGAGGUAAUGAGAUCUCUUAAUUAUGAUGACUGUAGAAUAGUAAGACCAGUGGAGAAGAGAGGUGGUAUUUGGCUCUUCUGGAAAAAGUCAGUGGACUUGAUUUAUUUUGACUCAGAAAACAAUCAUUUUCAGUCGCUUUUCCACUUCAAGAAUUUGGGUAAGGAGGCUCUGGUUUCGGGUGUGCAUGCUCCGAGUUCUUCAGGAGCAAGGCACAAAUAUUGGAGAGGCAUGCAAGAAGAUCUCCCACCUUCUAAUAUACCGUGGCUGGUUCUUGGUGAUCUAAAUGAGGUUACUGCUCAAUCUGAAAAGAAGGGAGGAAGAGCUUUUAGACCAACUCAAUGCACAUAUUUGGUAAAUUUCAUGGAUGACGCAGGACUUGUGGAUAUUGGGUACAAUGGAUGUCCCUACACUUGGACAAAUGCUCGUCAAGAGUUGCUCUAA